GGUGAGGGAAUUUCCCAGCAGGCUUAGCGCGCUAAGAUGGCGCCGUGCAGUUCGCAAAUCGAUCUUCCUCUUCUUCUCCACCGAUUUUCCUGAUCAUCCCUCCUUAAAACGGCUCCUUGUGCAAGGCUGAGAGACAUGAGCGAGGCUAGGGUAUGAUUCAGAGACCCUCCGGUAGCCGACCCAGGCGACAACGCAAAGAUAAAGUCGUCAAAGACGCCACGGUCGACGGGGACUCCGAGACAGGGAGGGAGUCGAGUUCCCAGUCGGGCCACCAUGCCCGUGAUCGUGGCGACCGACCGCGCAGGAGGCGGUCGCGGGAUCGGGACCACCGCAGGCCGGCGGGGAAGACUCUCGGAGACUCCUCGAGAAACGACAACAAGGAGAAAUGGAAGAAGGGAGAGGAUGGUAAACACGACUCCCCGCUGGCUGCGAAUGGAACUGUACACCCAAAACAACACGGAGGUGCCCUGAUCUUACCGGACGGGGGGAAAAGCUAUUCCCGCGAUGUGUCCAACAGAGAGGCACGACAACAUCACGAUCAUUCGCAUUUGUUUGCGGACGACCCGAGGAUGGCGAGUCUGAUGCGUAGGAUCUAUCGUGAUGACGACCGCGAGCGGCGCUCCAACACCUUCAGCCAGCUGCGAGAACACCUACAGCACCCAGAAAACAAACAGAGUGUGACGAAGCUGGCAGACAGUAUCUUAAUUGCCCUACAGGACUUGUUCUAUGACAGGGUGUCAUCUGAGGUGAAACAGGAGGUUGCUCGCUGCGUGGGUUUGGUGGGUGCUGCCCUGGGCUACGAGGCGCAACGAUUCUUCCAAUGGGUCUUUGCCAAGGUCGGCACGGCGCCCAGCGAUGACCUCAAGGUGCUGUUCCUGCAGUCUUUACAUCAGGCUUUGCAGAUGGACUGUGAACGGCAACAGUUUCAAGAAUUUAUCCCAAUGGCAAUGUCCAACCUCCAAUCAGUGCUGGAGAAUGCUGACACACCAGACUUGUUGAUGGCUGUGGUGGACUGUAUCCAGUAUGUGGCAGAGUACUACCCCCAUGUCUUCACCAAUCACUUCAGGGACACAGUCGAUAUACUUGUGGGUUGGCACAUUGACAGCACUCAGAAAGAAACUGUCAUCAAGUACACCUCAGAUAUCCUGGUUAGUCUACAGCAGUUCUGGGUGGGAGACCUGGGCUUCUCUGUCACUCUGCUGGGACAGUUCCUAGAGGAUAUGGAGGCAUAUACCGAGGACCUUCACCGCUAUGCCCGCCGGAGCCCGUGUGAAGAUGACAUUGCUCCCCCUGACGUCUGCUUGCCUAAACUGACGGCUCUUCUAAGGGUGUUCAGCACAGUGGUAAGCAGUAUGGGGGACCAUUUUUCACCCAACCACGGCCCACCUCUCACUGAGGCCUACAUAACAGAGCUGUUAGACAGAAUGGUGAGAUGUGUGGAUCAGGUGACCACCGACCAUCCGUCUGAGGAACUCUUCAUUGCAGCGAACACCUGUGUGCGGCUGCUGGGGCAGGGCCUGGGUUCCGGGCUAGCACAGUCGUGCAGCGGGGUCCUGGCUUACAGCACCAAGCAGACAGAACAGUGCAUGCUGAGCAGUACCCACUCUAUCUCAGCUCUCAGAUUGCUCAAUAAGAUCCUCGAGCUGGUGAACACCUCCCUACCCGUGUCUGUGAUUGAACAGAUUCUGGGUCCUGGUUCCAGGUUUCUACAACUCAGGUUCUACACCCAUCCAGAGGUGAUGCCAUCUGUCCUGAAGGUGUACCGGAGUCUUCUGACUCUUAAGAACAUUCCACUGCUCGACAUGGUCUACAGACUUGUCCUUGGAGAUUUGGAGGUCGCAAUCAACACACUGCUCUCGUGUAACGGCCUGCCACCCUCCUGCUCUAUGGUGAAGAACAACCCGUUUGCGUCCGCCGUGUACGCGGAACAACAGGCGCUCACCGUGGCCGUGUUCAACAUGUGCGGUCUGGCGGAAAUCGGCAACGCCAAGAACUCCAUCAUAGGGAUGUGGGGACUGUCCCCCAGCUUUUUUGAGCUGUUUGCAACCCACCUGAAGCCAUGUCACCUCCACCUGGCAAACAGUCAUCCUGCUGUGCAGUACACAGCGCUGUACACCCUGCUGUCUCACUGUACCAGGCAUGGCCACUUCAUCUCCAGUAGUCUGGCCACCGGUGCCCCCCCUCCAACCAUCAUGGAGGGGGUGAGUCUGUCUACAGGGGGUCAUUUUGCCACCAUCCUGGGUCUCCUGGCAGAACUCUUACCCUCCAAUAACAUGUCUGGUGACAGCAGGACCCUGUGCAUAAGAUGGACCCAGGAGAUAGUACAGCAGCUACAGAGGGCUGACAACCCCCAACUGUUCACCAUGCCUGAGUACCAGGCUACCUGUAGGGGACUCCUGCCACUAGGUAACAGUUUAUCCCUUUACAACCCCCACCUGUUCACCAUGCCUGAGUACCAGCUGUUCACCAUGCCUGAGUACCAGGCUAUCUGUAGGGGACUCCUGCCACUAGGUAACAGUUUAUCCCUUUACAACCCCCACCUGUUCACCAUGCCUGAGUACCAGGCUACCUGUAGGGGACUCCUGCUACUAGGUAACAGUUUAUCCCUUUACAACCCCCAACUGUUCACCAUGCCUGAGUACCAGGCUACCUGUAGGGGACUCCUGCCACUAGGUAACAGUUUAUCCCUUUACAACCCCCACCUGUUCACCAUGCCUGAGUACCAGUUAUCCCUUUACAACCCCCACCUGUUCACCAUGCCUGAGUACCAGGCUACCUGUAGGGGACUCCUGCCACUAGGUAACAGUUUAUCCCUUUACAACCCCCACCUGUUCACCAUGCCUGAGUACCAGGCUACCUGUAGGGGACUCCUGCCACUAGGUAACAGUUUAUCCCUUUACAACCCCCACCUGUUCACCAUGCCUGAGUACCAGGCUACCUGUAGGGGACUCCUGCCACUAGCUUGCAGUCCAGACAGCAGCACCUGCCUGCCUGCCGUACAGCUGCUGCAGCAGGUGGUGCAGCUGGGACACCUGCCGCACGACUUCCUCAGGAGAUGUGUGGACGUCUGCAAGCUUCUCCUGACGAGGACGGACAGAGCCGUCCAGCAGGCUUGCACCAACCUACUCACACUGCUGCCAAUAGCCCUUGUUAUCAAUGAAAAGGACUACAGCGAUCCUCAGCCAGUGCCCCACAGAAGAGCCACCUUGCAGCAGGAGCUUGAACUGCAGCAGGAGGCCCGGCACAGCCACAUGGCCAAGGCUCCCUCUGGAACAUUCCACUCCCACAACUUCCGCACUGUCAUGGCAUUCCUGCUCAACUCCACCAAGCCAGGCAACCUGGUGAGUGACAAAUGGGUGGAGAGAAUCUUCCACAGCUGCCAGCGGUCGCGGAAGAAAGAUGGUGGCCAGGGCGGAGAGGACGACAAGGCCGUCCAAGACAGAGAGUGCCUGCAGAAAUUGUUCCAAGACAACAGCAGCCUGCUAUGGUUCUGGUCCAUGUGGGAGGCGGCUGCCUUCUGUGUGCUGGCCAAGCUGCGCACACCACUGGGGCGCGCUCAGGAGACAUUCCAGACAAUAGAAGUGGCUGUGAGAACGUAUGCAGCUGAAGCCAGGAGUCGGGACUCAGAUGACAACAAGGGAGGUAAAACAGAUGACACCAAGCUUUCAGGACUUGGUGGGAAGCACUACACAGCCCAGCUCCAGGUGCACCUACUGUUACAGUUCCUGGAGAAUCUGGACAAGUUCAUGUACAAUGCAUACGAGGGGUGUGCAGUGGCCAUGUCUGCCCCACCCAAGACGGUGAGGACGUUCUUCCGUACCAACCGAGCGACCUGCCUGGAGUGGUUGAACCGUAUCCGGCUGUCUAUCAUGACGAUCGCUCUACACUGUGGGCAGUCAGCAGCAGCGCUGAGGCACGGCUACGAACUGCUGUGGGACAUGAAGGACAACAACAACACUCAGGGUUCAGAGUUUGAACAUGCGGUGGUACUGGUGGUACAGGCGCUGUCCGAGCUACGCUGUCCGGACGCCAUCGUGGGAAUGCUCGCCUGGUGCCGUGAUGUCAUCGGCCGUAACAUGCCGUGGAUUAACGCCAUUAAGGAACAGGCCGGCGGAAGGUACGAAGCUGCAGUGAAAGAAUACCACCAUGGCCUACAGUUGUACCUGGGCCUCACUAGUCUUCCUGUAAGCUCAGAGCCACAACAGAACACAGAUGGAUCCUCCCCACCAAACAGCCCCCCAUCUCAGGGACUGUCCACUUCUACUCCAGGGGAGGAUGGGGGUGGUGGCUCCCACAAGUUGACAGUCCUACAUAAACCUGUGGACCCCAGCCCUGAAGUUGUAGAGUUCAUGAUCAAACAGAUGGCAGAGUGCUACAUCUCCCUGGCAGACUGGUCAUCAGUGGAGGACUGGCAGCACGGUGUGCAGAAGCUUAGGAUGGACAACACCAACUCACAGCUACAGAGAGCCUUCAACACUGACGUGGACCUCAACUACAUCAAGGCUCUGUCAAAGUUUGAAGAUGUGGACCUUCCAGGUGUUAAAGAACACCUGGAGCUGGUCCCAGGUGCCUCCCUGAGUGGGCUGGAAGAUGCAGCUGAGAGGCCAGACUUCAGCUGUGCACCUGCGUGGGACAGCAGACAGCUGUUACAGAUAACAGAACAGCAGCUGGUCAGAGCUGCCACACACAUUGGUCUUGUUUCCGGGGAAGGCAGCAGGGAUGAGUCACACAGAAGUGGAGUGUCGGCAGUGCUGAAACACGCAGCCAAGCUGAGCGACAACUUCUUACAGUUGGCCGCCUCGGAGUGGCCCACCUGCCUCCCUCACGACCACACCAUCAACUUCUACUGGGCCAAGUCCUUACAAGCCACGGUGGCCACGGACGGUCAAGAGUGGCCCGUCCACUCCAUGGCGGAGCUGACCCUAGAACCCAGCCAACACAACGUACGGACGUGUCACCGGAUGAUGUGGUGCCUACAGCACCAGCUGCACGUGCUGCAGGACCGGGAAGGGCCGGCAGGGGGCGUCACAGAGCACCUGUCGCACCUGCGCCUGGCCACCCUCAGACUGGCCAGGAAGCAGGCGAACUAUCAGCUGGCACAGAAGGUGCUGCUGGACCAUGUGGAUCUCCUGCAGGGCCAGGCACAGGAUAAUGCUACCAUGGUGCCCACACAGGUUUUCAGCCAGACCAGGACGGGUCCCCAGACAAUUCUCAACGCCCUCUCCACCGUGGAGAGCGUACCCGUCCUCACCAACCCCCUCCGUCUCAAACUGGAACGCGAGAGUGCCAAAAUCCUGCAGACGAUGGGCCACUCAUCAGAAGCCUGGGAAACCCUCAGCUCCUGCAUCGCAACCUACGGCCCUCUCGCUCUCGACAAACCCCCCACCAAGACAGCGCGGGAAACGGGAGAGCUCGUCUCGCGGUCCCUCCUCACGUUGGUGAAGUGGCUUCAGGCAGACUGGAAGACGUCCUCGUCGUACUUGAAGCUGGCGUCCAAAGCGGACGAGGGGUCGCUGAUCCCGAAGUUGACGAGGAACGUUCAGGUCUUGCUAGAGUUGGAGGAAAGAGGAGUUCAGCAGGGAAAGGGGAUUCUCAAUACUGGUACUGCUGCUGCACUCGUGCAGAGAAGAGGUACUUCCCAUGUGAUGAGUGAGGCGGAGGUCACGUGUGGCCGAAUGAUUCACCUUAGUACCAUGCAGUGUCCACACCUGUCCAAGGCCUGGUCAUCUCUGGCCGCCUGGAGCUACAAGUGGGGACGCAAGGUUGUGGACGUGGCAAGCACGGCUGGCAGUGUGGACCUGACAGCAGAUGACAAGGCGGAGAUCCUACAGGUGCUCCCCACAGGGAUGGGUGCAGAGGAGGUGGACAUGGUGUUCACUAUCAUCAGCCAGGCACACUGUAGCGCCAGCGGGAUGCAGGAAGAGGACAUCUCCGACAACAUACAGUUUCCGUACCACGACAGUGCGGAGACGACGCGGCGCCAGCUGCUGACGAGCUGCCCAACGCUGCAGGGCGCGGGACAGGACGUGCUGGACGUGUUGUUGGAGAUCUGGAGGCGCAUCUGUGACGGACUCUUCAGCCACUACCACCUCGCCUGCAAGGCUUACUUCCAGUACCUCAAACUCAAUGGAGAGCCAUGCAGUGCAGAGUCCUUCAGUAACGAAGACGGGAACGUGACGGCGACUCUAAGGCUGCUCCGACUUCUGGUGAAGCACGCCGGGGAGCUCCGGGUAGAGCUAGAGGAAGGGCUCGCCAAAACACCCACAGCACCAUGGAAAGGUAUCAUCCCUCAGCUGUUUUCGCGGUUGAACCACCCAGAGGGUUACGUGCGACAGAGCAUCUCGGACCUGCUGUGCCGCGUAGCGCAGGACUCCCCGCACCUCAUCGUGUACCCCGCUGUGGUUGGCUGCUCCUCCAUAACAACCGACAAGAAGAACCCUGCGAAGGAAGGUCCAGGGGAGAUGCUGUCCACCAUCUUGGCCGAGUCAGCAGCUGAUAAUGCCAAGGAAGAUGGGGAGGAGACAGAGGACAACUCUCAGUCCCAGGAUGAGGAGGAGGAGGAAGACAACACGGACCUGAGAAACUGUUUCAGUGCCAUAGUGGACACCCUGUCCAAGCACAACCCGUCCAUGGUGUCCCAGGUCCAGACGAUGGUGUCGGAGCUGCGGAGAGUGACCCUGCUGUGGGAGGAGCUGUGGUUCGGCGCCCUGAACCAGCACCACGGGGACAUCACGCGCAGAAUCCACCAACUGGAGGACGAGGUGAAGCGCGUGCUGAGUAACACCACGCUGAGCCACGAGGAGAAGUCCGCCAUCAUACUGGAGAAACACAAUGCCAUUCUCAAACCUACUGUGUUUGCCAUGGAGCAUCUGAAGGCCAUCACGGACCAGCCGGGAGAGACGCCACACGAGCGAUGGUUCCAGGACACAUACGAGAAACACAUCGAGGAAGCGCUGAACAAACUGAAGAACCCUCCCAACCCCAGCACCCCUCAGAACUCGUGGGUCAUGUUUAAACAGCUGCAUCACGUACUGCAACAGAGGGCGCAAAAACGAUCCACCAGCGUCCUCAAACUGGACGAGAUCAGCCCCAAACUGGCGGAGAUGACGGACACCGUUAUCGCUCUCCCAGGGAGCAGCCUGUCGUCGGCGCAGCAGGACGUCACGAUCUCAGGGUUCUGUAACACGGUCACCAUCCUGCCCACUAAGACGAAACCCAAGAAGAUCAUGUUGAUGGGCUCUGAUGGGAAGAGGUACACAUACCUGUUCAAGGGACUUGAGGAUCUACACCUGGACGAACGCAUCAUGCAGUUCCUGUCUAUCGUCAACAACAUGUUCGCCAAAGUCAACAGGCACCAGAGCCCCAGGUACCAUGCCAGGCACUACUCGGUCACCCCGCUAGGCCCCAGGUCUGGCCUGAUACAGUGGGUGGACGGGGCAACCCCUUUGUUUGGACUGUACAAGAGAUGGCAGCAGAGGGAGGCAACCAUCGCUGCCAUGAAGCAACAGGGCUCCAGUAGCAGUGGAGGCAGCACCCAGGGGCUGAACACAGCGCCCAUCAUGCGCCCCAGCGAGCUGUACUACAGUAAGAUCACCCCCCUACUGAAGGAGAAAGGUGUGACGGACCUGUCUAACAGGAAGGAGUGGCCACCACGAGACCUGCUGGCGAGAGAACUGUGGUGCUCCUGCAGUAGUGCGGUAGAGUGGUGGCGCGUCACGCAGCUGUACUGUCGCUCCACGGCCGUCAUGUCCAUGGUGGGGUACAUCAUCGGACUGGGGGACCGCCAUCUGGACAACAUACUCAUCGACCUCAACACAGGAGAGGUGGUACACAUUGACUACAACGUGUGUUUUGAGAAGGGGAAAGGCCUGCGUGUGCCAGAGAGAGUUCCGUUCCGUAUGACUCAAAACAUCGAGGCAGGGCUCGGGCCCACUGGAGUGGAGGGCCUUUUCCGACUGUCAAGUGAACAAGUGCUCAAGCUGAUGCGGAAGGGGAGGGAGACCCUCCUCACCCUCCUGGAGGCAUUUGUGUACGAUCCCCUUGUGGACUGGACCACCGGCCACGAGGGGGGAUACGUUGGGGCUGUGUAUGGGGGAGGGCAGACAUCUACAAAUGAUGCCAGGCAGAGCAGGAAGGAGAUGGAAAAAGAAAUCACUCGCAGUCUGUUUUCGUCCCGUGUGGCGGAGAUGAAAGUCAACUGGUUCAAAAACAGGGACGAGAUGGUUUCGGCCCUGCCGAGACUGCAGGAAACGCUGGAGGAACACCUGGAGUCCCAGCGGCAGCUGCAGCAAGUCGGCAGCAGUAACUCCACCCUGCUGCAGCAGAAAUGCCUGCUGGAAGCUGCACUGCAGGACCCUCACCAUUCACUACAUUCCCUACAGCACAGGUUAGUGUCCAGCACCACACACUACAUUCCCUACAGCACAGCACCACUCACUACAUUCCCUACAGCACAGGUACAACCAGAACACCAGAAGGUGCUACAGGUUAGGAACAUGGUACAGGAGGCUAUCCAGGAGAAACUGAACGAGUGUGAACACUGGACGAAACAACACCAGUGGGCAUUGGUCAUCCUGAAGGGUCCACAGCUGUCACAACUGUGCUCAGAAGUGUCCACCAGAUUGGAGCUCGGUGUUCCCAGCUAUGUUUCUGCCAUCAGCUUCCUACAGAAUGCUGGGCAAGGUCAUACAGUUACACAGUGUGAACAGGUAGAUGGUGAGCUGUCCCAGAUGCUGUACCAGAGACGUACUGUCCUGCACAGCUGUCUGGAGGUGCUGUCAACCUACAGCACCAUUGUCGCACAGUUUCCAGAGAGCUAUCGUGAGCUGAACCGUUUCCACAGCUGGCACCACUGGCUACAGGAACUCAUCUGUGACUUCUCCUCACACAGGUGUCAGGAGAUUCUGUCUCUGUUUGAGUCCAAGUAUGGUGGGAAGGACAUUGCAUCCCACACCAUGACAUCCCACCUUGUGUCCACCAACGAGUUCAAACUACAGGGCUUCAUCACCGAGGCCAACUCCAAACUCCUCAAGGUUCUUAAUCUGUUGUGUGAGCGCCGCAGUCACGAGUGCCACGAAAGCUCUUCACUGGUCACGGCUGUAAAAGACACCUCUUCCAACAUUCAACAGUUCAUCAUUGACAAUGGAGUGAGUGGAGUGUCCAGCCUGACGUGUGUCGUCGUCACGGCGCUGUGUGCUCUGAACCGCCGCUGUCUGGUCAUGGAGGGGGCAGCUGCAGCUGCCGGAGACAGACUGAUGGACCUGACGUCACGAGACGGGGACUGGUUCCUGGAUGAACUGUGCAGCAUGAGCGGAAAUGUUACCCAGCUCAUCACUGUGCUGAAGGAACACCCUCUGCUACAGUGUGCUGUGUCAGAAGUUGCUCAGAACAGCAUGAAUGCUGUCUUCACAGCAAAUAAGGUGUACAACAGUCUACAGGAGCUGAAUGGUAAUUUCCGGACCAUCAUCCUGCCCGAGGCGAUGAAGCUGAUACAGUGUGAGGACCCGUCUGCCAUGGCCCUGCUGGAAAGACUGGAGGGUCUGAUAGAGGAUACCGGGAUGCCACUAGACGCACUGGUGUCCUCGCUACAGGUUCACCUACGGAAGGUCACUGUAGGGCUAGAGGUUGAUGAUUACAACGACGUCUUAGAAAUAGUGGAGACUCUGAGGCAGAAAUACGAGAGACUUCUUCAGCCUGAAGAGACAGAAACGGCAGAAAAUGGCUUGCGACCUGUGACCCCUAACAUGACCUCUGGCCAGAUGUUGCUGGUUGGGUUCAACGGCCUCUUCACUAUGGCGGAGACUGAGCUGAGCAGCCUGCUGCAUCUACUGGACACCUUACAGGUUCCAGCGGAGUGGCGUAAAGUCGACGUGGUGCGGGAAGCCCGCGGGAUGCAGGCGUCGGUGUUCGGGGAGACAACGACCCAGCUCCUGUGGGACAUCUUCCUGGUGAAGAGACUGCAGGCCAUGCAGGACUACUUCAACUUGUGCAAGAAGAUGGCUGCAAGUCUGACAGCCACCACCUAUGACAGUACCACACCCUCCCCGGGGCUGCCCAACGGACACAUGAGCCCCUCCCACGCGGGGAAGGCGACCCAGGACGGUCCCAUGCAGCUCCACAACGACGACCAUCUGGUCAAACCCAUCAAGAGAUACAUCGCAGACUUUGUCAGGCAACUGGUGAUUGGAUACCCGUCACUGUCGCUAGGCUACACACUUUGCACCUUCAUCAAUGCCCUCGGAGUGGAUAUCGUGGCAGAGGUCAACGCAAAGGACGUCGGUGCCGAGUCCAGAGUGUCCAUCGACGACCUCGCCAAGCUCACUGUGGACCACAACCUGAGGAACAACAGCUUCACACAGCCGCUGUUGGCUCAGGCAUCCUCUCUAACCAGCACACAUGACAUCGCGUGGAGGAAGCACGACCUGGUGCGGCGCCUGGACGUGAACAUCAACCAGUGUAAAGCGUCGGUACAGCGAGCGCAGCUGCAACUAGCGCGCUACCAGUGGUACCACGAGGACACGCUGCUGCAAACGGUCCACCACAGCGGGAGUUCCUCGCUGAUCGCGCCCUCUCGUGCCUCCGUCAUGUCGGACCUCAGAAAGUACGUGCAGACCUUGGUUCAGCUGGACAGUGCUGUUGGGUCGGUUCAAGAGAGAAGCACACAGCUGGAAGCAGGCAUCGCACAGAGGCUGAAAUGGGCUGCAGGGGCGAACCCCUCCCUCCAAACCAUGCUCAUGGACUUUGAAGAGGCACAAAACAACAGAAACACUCUACUCAUGAACGAGGGCCGGCGCGCCAGUGACGUAUGUAAGCUGUGCAAUGCUGUCCUACACUUCGAGGCUCUGCGGACAAGGACACCAGAGGCUAUGCAGGCGGACGGGACCUUUCUGGCACUCAUCAGGAGGUGUGAAGAGAGUUCCCGGCUGUUGGAAUCCUGCACCACAACAGUUGCUGACAUGGAACAGACACUCAUACAGAUGUUGACUCCCAGUCUGGAGCAGCCAAUCGGAGAGUCUUGGUUCCACACGUUACACCAGCUGGUGGUACAGGAGAUGUCUGUACAGCAGAGCAGGGCUGCCGAACAGGAGAUGGGUGUGGAGACAACCAGGGAACAGCUGAAGUCCGAAGUGUCCUCUGUCAAGGGCAUCCUGACUGUUCACCACAAGCUGCUGUCUGAUGUCAAAAUCAUGCUCAAGUCCAUGGCUAAGGAGGAUGAAGCUAGUGAUGCUGACCAACAGGAGGAGAGCAGCAGGAUCCGACAGUUCAUGGGGGGAUACCGGACGUACUCUGAGAUGUUCACCUCCCUCCUCAUGAACAUACUACAAGGUCAGUAUGGCUGCUCUGGGGAGGAGAGUGCGUCCCAGCUGUCCCAGGUCGGCCCCACCAUCACAUUCCUUAUUGACCAGACACACAAGAUCUACGAUGAGCUGGUGAGCUUUGCCACUCCCUUGGUUACCAGCAAGGAGAGCGCAGAGGCACAGACUCCAUUUACUACUGUAGCAACAAGUCAGAAGAAAGCGGACCGUAACAGUUCCCCCGGGCCCUCGGGUAGAGCGGUGUCGCUCCUCCAGAAGGACUCCAGAACAUCGGGGACUCCGCCUGGCUUCGGCAAGGGACCAGGCACGCCCAAGAAGACUGCAGCUGCCAUACGCGAUCCUAGAACAGGGAAAGCUCUUCAGGAAAGGAAUUCGUACGCGGUGAGCGUGUGGCGACGUGUGAAGGCAAAGCUGGACGGACGUGACAUAGACGCCUCUCGCAGGAUGCCCAUUGCUGAACAGGUAGUCUGGCAGUUCUGCAUAGGGUUACCAUUCUUAUGA